GAGAAAGGGACGUAUGCGCAUGCGUUCCUUUUACCCCUCCUAUUUUGCGCGGGCGCGCGCGUGUACAGCGAGACACCUCCUCUCUUCCCAUAGAGAGGAUAAGCGGCUGCCGGUGCUGAAUGAGAGCGGUGGUGUCAGUGGCGGCUGAGGUAGGCGGACGAGGGACCUCGGCUGGACGGGAGCUCGCCUGUUCACAGCUUUGUCCCAGCACUUGGUCGCUUCUCUCUCGUCAGCAGGAAUGAUGACUCUGAAGAGGAAUUAAUAAAGCCACUGCUACAAAUGUAGGGCAGAACAUUAAUGGUGUGGGCAGUAUGGACAUAAUGAACGGGCAGCUCAGCAAUGUUAAUAUUGCAGCUACUGCUUCAGAGAAGAGUAGCAGCUCGGAGUCAUUAAGUGACAAAGGUUCUGCUGAACUGAAGAAAAGUUUUGAUGCAGUGGUAUUUGAUGUUCUAAAGGUUACACCCGAGGAAUAUGCAGGCCAGAUAACUCUAAUGGAUAUUCCUGUAUUUAAAGCUAUUCAACCAGAGGAGCUGUCAAGUUGUGGUUGGAAUAAAAAAGAGAAAUACAGUUCUGCACCAAACGCAGUUGCCUUUACAAGAAGAUUUAACCAUGUAAGUUUUUGGGUAGUUAGAGAGAUUCUUCAUGCACAGACAUUAAAAAUACGAGCUGAAGUUCUGAGCCACUAUAUUAAAACUGCUAAGAAACUGUAUGAAUUGAAUAAUUUGCAUGCUCUUAUGGCUGUAGUGUCUGGAUUACAAAGUGCUCCCAUCUUCAGGUUGACUAAAACUUGGGCGUUACUGAGCCGAAAGGACAAAACUACCUUUGAGAAGUUGGAAUAUGUAAUGAGUAAAGAAGACAAUUAUAAAAGACUUAGAAAUUAUAUAAGCAGCUUGAAGAUGACUCCUUGUAUUCCUUAUUUAGGUAUUUAUCUCUCAGAUUUGACAUACAUUGACUCAGCAUACCCAUCAACAGGGAGUAUUCUGGAAAAUGAGCAGAGAUCAAACUUAAUGAAUAACAUACUUAGAAUAAUUUCAGAUUUACAGCAGUCUUGUGAAUAUGAUAUUCCUGUGUUGCCUCAUGUUCAAAAAUACCUGAAUACAGUUCAGUAUAUAGAAGAACUUCAAAAGUUUGUGGAAGAUGACAAUUAUAAGCUUUCAUUAAAGAUAGAACCUGGGACCAGUACCCCACGUUCUGCUGCAUCUCGUGAAGAUUUAGUAGGCCCUGAAAUGGGAGCAUCACCACAAAGUGUACGAAAAAAUCCUGCAGCUGAAGGAGCAUUGCUACCACCGACUCCCCCUUCCCCUAGGAAUCUGAUGCCACAUGGACAUAGGAAAUGUCACAGUUUAGGAUACAAUUUCAUUCAUAAGACGAACACAGCAGAGUUUAAAAGUGCAACAUUCCCCAAUGCAGGACCAAGGCAUCUGUUAGAUGAUAGUGUCAUGGAACCACAUGCCCCAUCAAGGGGGCAGGCAGAGAGCUCCACUCUUUCCAGUGGAAUUUCAAUAGGUAGCAGUGACGGUUCAGAGCUCAGUGAAGAGACUUCGUGGCCAGCAUUUGAAAGGAACAGAUUAUACCAUUCUCUUGGUCCGGUGACAAGAAUGGCACGAAAUGGCUAUCGAGGCCACAUGAAGGGCAGCAGUUCUGCAGAGUCUGAGGAUUUAGCUGUUCAUUUGUAUCCAGGAGCUGUUACUAUUCAAGGUGUUCUCAGAAGAAAGACUUUGCUGAAAGAAGGCAAAAAACCUACAGUAGCUUCUUGGACAAAAUACUGGGCAGCACUGUGUGGAACUCAGCUUUUCUACUAUGCUGCAAAGUCCUUGAAGGCAACAGAGAGAAAACAUUUCAAAUCUACACCAAGUAAGAAUGUGUCAGUAGUAGGGUGGAUGGUCAUGAUGGCUGAUGACGCAGAACAUCCGGAUCUCUUCCUGCUCACAGAUUCUGAGAAAGGGAACUCAUACAAGUUUCAAGCUGGUAACAGAAUGAAUGCAAUGCUGUGGUUUAAGCAUCUGAGUGCUGCCUGCCAAAGCAACAGACAACAGGUUCCUGCCAACUUGAUGACUUUUGAGUGACAAGCUUCUUCAAACUCUUGUUUGACACUUUUGAAUGCUGUCUGUCUCAUAGUUUGGACAGAGGUCCUGGUGAAAGCAUGCCCAGCCAUACUUCUGUGCCAGAACAAAGAUGGUAAACAGAGUUUCAAAUCUCUGAAGUACUGAACAAAAAACACUCAAAGAAUUCAGGAGAUGGAAAUACAAGAUGAACUGUCAUGGACCAUACUGCUGCUUAAUAUUUUCUGAACUGACCUUUGGAAACCACUGCCUUAAAGAAUGAAAGUAAACCCAAUAUAAAACACCAAAUACUCGUGUGCGUGUGUGCGUGUGUAGGAGGUGAGAGAGAAAGAAACCUCUGGUGGUGCUGUGCUUAGGUUACAUUGGAUGUAGCUAAUUUGCAUUUAUGUUAACUUUGUUAUCUUUGAAUUUAAAAUCCAAUUUUGUUGUAGUUUUCUGUAAAAAGGAAAUCCCAUGCUGCGUUAGGGUUGUGUCAAGGGGCUGGUGUGCAAGGACAUUGCUUGUGUGCUCUUGAAAAGUGUGCAGAAGCUAUACCUGUAUCUCUCUAUACCAGCUCUUUUGGGGCUCAGAUAAUUGGGGUCACAAUUUAAUUUGUUUAUGCUUAUGCUUAAAAUGCAAGAACUGUAAUGUAUGCAAGUUUAUUCUCAUUUCACAAAGCACUGAUUUUACAGAACUUAGCACUGUAUGGGGAUUUUCUUUCCUGUAAGUGGCACAACAGCUGAGCAUUUAAACACCACACUCCUUUCUUAGAGUUCUUGGUUGUAAAUUUCCUGAUAGAAAUAGUCUGCAGGAUUUUGUAAAGAAAGCUCAGAGAAAUAUCAACAGGUCAGAACUGAGCCUUUAUUCCUCAGUAUAUUUUCAUAUGGGCCACACUCUUUAUUCCCCAACGAUAUGUAAUAAAACUGUUCAGUAGGCCUGUUUACUGUUUAAAGCCCAGUCUCUUGUUGCAUUGAUAGCAUUUUACAAGUAACAGUCUUACUACAUCUCUCUUCUUGCAGAUUGAGAAGCACAAUGCCUGUAUUUGUAGUUUGGAAUUCUGAGUUAAGAGUGAACUCUUCUAUAUUGGAUAUAGAAAUCAGAUUUCUGUAGCAAAAGUAUCAAGUCUUGGUCUAGAUCUCACAAAGUACAACUCACAGGAAAACCAGGAAAAGUAAAAACUUGCACAAGAGAAAACACUGAUAGGGUAAAAAUAAAUAGGGUGGAUUAUUUCCUACAUAAAAAAUAAAAUUUAGCACUACGCUUAUUUUCUGAGAACAGUCUUUUUAACCACAUUUGGAAGAAUGUCUUGCGUUUCAAAGAUGUCUGCCCCUCUUUUUUUUUUUGUCUUGUGAUGCUUAUUUUGAAAUGCUCUGAGGCUUCUUUAGAGCCUUCAGAUGGUGAUAAUCAAAUGAAAACAAGUCAAAUAGGAAAUACUCCUUCAGCACUGGAAUCCCAGUUAAUAACAGAAAAUAUCACAUUUAAUCUUAGAAAGUGUUGAUUCUAUACUUAAGUUUAUUCACAAAUAAGUAAUGAUUUUUUAAAUUAAGAAAUAUCUGCUUCAUAGUAUAAGUUCACUGACAUGUUUCCAGAGUCCACAUUUUCUAAAGAACUUUUCUCCCAUUGGUAGGAUAGGGCAAAAACUGGCAGCUGUCCACAGAGGGAAACAAUAUCACUGACGUAAAAGUUGCACUCAAGCUGCAGUGAAAAAUACAGGAUUAUAUUUCCUAGUGAUUGAUGUUUAAAUCAGCUCCUUUUUCUUUCUUUAAUAAUAUUAAGAGUUUUUAAAUAUCAUUAAUUUGUCCCAUUUUAUAUUCUUGGGGAAUGAAUGUUCAGUUCUGACCUUGUAGUGGUUUAUGUCACAAAGGGUGACUUGCUUGUUCUGAUUUACUUUUAGUUUACACGUCUCUCAGAAUAACCCAUGUUGGGUGUUUCAUAAAAACAUCUUGAAAGCCAGCAGUAUUACUGUAUAGAGUUUGCACAACUUUCCAUUUUAAAGUAAAUGUGUGUUUCUUUUCAGAGUAAGUUUUAAAAAACCCACAACACUAUAAAUGUAUGUACUUUUUUUAGUAUUCUGGAAGGUAACCCUGUGGAAUUUGAUUUUGUUAAAAAGAGAAAGAAAAAACAGUAGUGUAGAUACAUUACAGGCUUACCAAAUUUGUUUGUAAUGUUUUUAGGAGUGGAAAGAUGCAACUGGGAAACACUUCAUAUGAUGCAGGUUUGCUAAAGACACAGAGACAAUUCACACUACAGUUUUUACUUGGUUAUUUCAUUAGGUUUGGGGCAUGCUGAAUGAGUCUUUGAUUGAAGGAGGACGUGAUCCAGACAGAAUAUCAGAAAAUUUCACAGUUUUUAAGGCUUCUGAGGAUAUGGGUAGUUACAGUCUAGACAAGCUUUUGUAGAGUUCACAGGACCAGUUUAUCAUAUCAAAAUCUGCAUUAAAUGGAGAUUACUGUUUUUGUGAAUGAAGCACACACCAAACGAUCACAUGAAUUGUCUCAAAGCCGGGUUGACAGCCUUCUCUUAUAUUCUUAAAGCAAGCUUCAAAAGAUAAAGAAAGCACUAUGAAGAACUGGCAAACAGCCAUGGCUACCUUUGCCUAUGUUUUUAUUCAGCUUCAUAUGUAAUACAUCUGUCUGAAAGAUUUGUUUGAAAAUUAAACUGUUUAACUGGUUUAUAGGAACAGAGGGUUGUAACAAUUUCACAGGUUUCAACUAACGUAUUUCAUAUAUUUUAUCUUGUGUUAACUUAGAUUGUCUUAGGGUCUUUCACAAGUACUGAAUCAUUCCAGUUUUUUGAAGUGGUCAGUUUGUCAAAAAUGAACUUUUUACAUCUUUUUACAUCUAACCAAAUUUCCCUAUCCAAACCUACCAAAAAUGUGAGGUAAGAAAAAAAUGAUUUGUAAGAUUUCCUUUAUACUUUUUUUGGAAAAGAUUUUUUUAAGGUACUAUUGGUAGAAAGAUUUAACUUCUACAGCUAGCUUCAAAAUGUGUUAAAUUCUGUGACUUAAAACUUCACAGCUCAGUGCUAUGAAUUCCAUUAGAUUUAUAACAAGAGUCGAAUCCAAAAAAAUCUUAAAAUCAAUCUGUGCUCCAAUGAGGCAUGUUAGUUGCUUGUUAUCACAAGAACCUUUUAGAACUGUUAAGCUAGCUAUGUGAAUUUUAACACUAACAGGGAUUCUAUGUUAUUUGGCAAUGAUAAAUUGAAAGUGAGAUGGCUUCCACUUUUUUCUAUAACAAUGGUUGCCAAGUAUAUAUUUUUCUAAGGAUACGUUUCUAUUAUUCCACCUAAAAUCAAUCAAAUAGUCUCAGUAUCUUUAAUAAAAAUGUUCUGAUCUCUG